AUGGGGUUAGAUGCUAAAUCUGGUCGGAUUCAUGGUUGGAACGGAGUAACAAACAACAUUGAGGAUGUAAUUACAAAGAGUGCAGUACAAGAAGUUGUCCCGAAUACGAGAACAGAGCUUGGAAAACGAAAGAAAGGCAAAAAAGAGAAAAAGGAAAAUGUCAUUAUGGCUGAAAAUGUACCAGGAUUAGGAGGCGCUCAGGACACUCUUUCGGGCUUUCAGACAAAUCGAGUAGUAACCUAUUUGCUUGGAAGAGUAGAAGGUCAUAUGGGCCAACUGUCUGUUGAGCAGUUAGUGCAUCUGAUCGAAGGCAAUCAUUCCGAGCAGAACGUCAAAAAACAGGGCCAAAAAGACAAAUCAUCCUCUAUUGUCGAAGUCGUCUCAGAAGAGACAAAUCAAACGAAAAAAGAGCGCCGACGCAAGUCGAAGGAACUCAAGGAGAACACACAGUCUACACCUCCAGUCGUCACCAUCGGUGCACAACAGACGAAGACAGGCGGCCCUCCUGCCGCCGCCACCACUACAUCCUCGCCUCCAGCGGCAUCUGCAACUGCGCAGCCUCUUAAAAUGUACGGUUUACUCAGGGAGUUUACUGUUGCUAACAAGCGAGUAACAUCGCCUGUAUCGGAAAAACGGCGAGGAAAAGGUGCUGAACGUAAUGUUCGGUGUUCGACAGAAGAUUGCGAAGAGGAGUUCCUCAGUGCAGAUGAGGGAGUCGCUUCGCCGGUGGUAGAUGAGGUGAUUAUGCCUCCUACAGUUUCGAUAUUGACGGCAACAACAACGACUACCACUACAGCUUCAGCUACUAGCUCAGCAUCUGAAGUAAUUCUUGAUGGACGCAAUUACAGAGCAGACGACGAGGAUGUCACUCAAAUUGAACGUCAAUGUGCUGAUGAGCAAGAGUUCAUCACGGUGAACACGAAGAAGAAGAAGGGUAUCGAAUAUACUGGAAAGCAGCAACAACGUACCGGUUCGGCUGGAAAAGAAGAGCGCCAUCAGCGUGUAGCAGAACGUCUCGAACCUGCUCGACGCAGCUCUCUGGGCAUGGCUCCUGAAACACGAUCAACUCCACUGGCAAAUUCACCCCUACCUUCUGCUCGCCGCCCAACUACUGCUUCUCUAGCUGAUUUCUUGGAUGACAAGGAUGCGGCAAAAAUGCAAACAAAAUCAUCUGUCAACAUUUCGAAUGCACCGAAAAACAUGAAGAAGUUACACCGUAAUGAGCGCAAUUCCCAGCCUGAUGUAGAAGUUUCCUUACCUGAGCUUCCAGUGGAACGGGUUCGUAAUUAUUAUGUUUUUACUACACUGAAAAAGUUUCACAAAGUUUUGAGACGAAUCUGA